AUGUUUGAAGGAUUGCUACUUUACCCUACUUUGGGGUUUAAUUUGCUACGUAAUUAUCUGCAACCAGUGAAGUGGGCAUGGUAUAAUCGUAUUGAUGAUAUCGUAGUACUCGGUGCGUUGCCGUUCCGGAGCAUGGUAAAAGAACUUAUUGAGAAAGAAAAUGUUGGUGCUGUUAUUUGUUGUACAGAAGGAUAUGAAACACAAAUCGUUUGGAAAGCAAUGGAUGAAAAGGAAUGGACAAAAAAUGGUGUAGAAUUCUAUGCUCUACCAAUGAUCGAUUUCGUAGGUACAGCAUCUAGAGCGUCAAUCGAUAAGGCCCUCAAAUUUGUUGAUGAAAUCGCACAGCGCGGUAAAUCGGUAUACGUACACUGCAAAGCGGGUCGGACACGAAGCGCAAUGUUUACUACAUGUUAUUUGAUGCGUAAGAAUGGUUGGUACCCGAAUGUAGCUUUUGAGUUUAUUAAAGUGAAACGACCUCAGGUAAUACUUGGAAAUGCUCAGUGGCGGACAGUUAACGAAUACCAGAGAUAUUUGGAUCACAAAACUGGACUUGCUUAA